GGGAUAUGUAGUGCUUGACUUCCGCAGUGCACGCUGCGCCAGCAGUACAUUUUUUCCUGGUUUGGGGGCAAGGUCUCAUGGGAAAGGUCAUGUCUCUCGAGGAAAGGUUAUAAACCCUUUGAUAUGAAGGUUGGGCGAGAAACAGAGCCUGUUGCGUUCCGUGUUGGGACCGGGAAUAACCCUGACUUCUGAGCCUUCAUAACCCCAGGAUACUCCAGAAAAUUUGCGGCGCGCUGAGGGAAAACCUUGCUGAAGCUGUAUAUUGGAAUGGGUUUACAGUCAUCGUAAUGGAAGCAAAAUACAUGAAGGAAAAACAGUUCUUUGUAUCCCUGCUUAUUGCACCUGACGACUAGUUGCAGAUGAUUUUGUUUACCUAAGAAAACUUGUGAUGUAAAUGAAAAAAACACCUGUUUUCCUAGACUCAUUGGUUACAGAUAUGCUUCGUCUAAGAGCUAUUUGUCCAUUCUCCUGGAGAGUAUUUCAAUUUCGACCCAUCAGUUGUGAACCACUAAUUAUUCAGAUGAAUAAGUGUACAGAUGAGGAGCAAAUAUUUGAUUUUAUUGAAAGAAACAAAGCCAUACUUUCAGAAAAGCAAGUGGGAUGUGCGUUUGAUAUGCUUUGGAAGCUUCAAAAGCAGAAGACCAGCCUGUUGAAAAAUGUUGAGGAUGUCAGAGACCAUCCUCAAUUUCUUACUCUUCAUAAUUUAGCUACAAAUAAAUUCAAAUUAAUGAAUGACGAUACCCUGGUGAAUGUGUUACACAUCACACAACGGUUUGAUAUUAAACUGCUCUCAGAAUUUUCCUCUUGCCUAGCAGAUCAGCGUUUGUAUUUUAGUCCAUUAAUGGGAAAAAUAGCUGAUAUUGUUCAUAGGAACUUGGAAACCACACAAGACUUAAGUUCCUUGUCUGUCUUGAUGGUCAACAUAUCUUCUUUAAUAUCACGACAUUUUCAACAACAACUGGUGAACAAAACAGAACUUCUUUUUGACACCAUAGAUUCUUCUGAGGUCAACGUUGCAACAAGAAUAACACGGUUUCUUCGAAAUAUUAAAUAUUGUUAUCAACCAUUAUUAGAAAAGUGUAAUAACGUAUUUUUAAGUAAUGUGGACCAACUUGAUUUGGAUUCCAUCAGUAAAAUACUUAGGCUAUACAAGCUUCUACAGUUUAAUAGUUUUGAAUUUAUUAUGAUGGCUAAAAAGAAGCUAACUGAAAUGAUUCCUCUGUGUAAUCAUCCUGCUAGCUUUGUAAAAUUGUUUGUGACAUUGGGACCCAUUGCAGGACCCGAAGAAAAGAAACAACUUAAAUCAACUUUGUUAUUGAUGUCAGAGGACCUAACUGGUGAGCAAGCCCUGGCAGUGUUGAGCGCAAUGGAAGAUAUGGAAAGCAGAAAUUCACAUCUGAUUAAAAGAGUUACUUCAGUUCUGCAUAAACAUUUGGAUAGCUAUAAACCAUUAGAGUUGUUGAAGAUAACUCAAGCACUGACUUUUCUGCGUUUCCAAAGGAAGGAGUUUUCUGCAAAACUUAGAGAAUUACUGCUUAGUCAUUUGAAAAUUAGUUUCAUACCAACUGAGGUGUCCUUUCUGGUGUGUGCUAUUUCCCUGCUCCCUUCUCCUCACUUGGACGAAGUGGGGAUAUCCCGAAUUGAAGCCGUUUUACCACAGUGUGACCUAAAUAACCUGAGUAGUUUUGCUACAUCUGUUUUAAGAUGGAUUCAGUAUGAUCACAUGUAUUUGGAUAGUAUUACUGGGAAACAACUGAAACUACUUCAAAAAUUAGAUCACUAUGGUCGUCAGAGACUACAACACAGCAACAAUUUGGAUCUGUUAUGGGAGGAACUUAAAUCUGUCAGAGGAAACACGUUUCCUGAGUCACUUCUUGAAGAAACGAUUGCUACUUUACAGCAUUUCGUGGAUGAAAUUAAUUACAUAAAUGUUGUGGAGAUUGCAUCUUUUAUUUCUAAUACUGAUUACCUCAGUACUUUGCUACUUGAUAGGAUAGCCUCAGUGGCUGUUCAGCAGAUUGAAAAGAUCCAUCCUUUUACAAUCCUUGCUAUUAUUCUUCCAUUCAGCACUUUGAACUAUGAUCCACCUCAAAGGGAUGAAUUUUUUGGAACUUGCGUGCAACAUCUUAAUUCUUAUUUAGGUAUAUUGGAUCCUCUUAUGUUAGUGUAUCUUGGUUUCUCUUUGGCCACACUUCAAUAUUUUCCAGAAGAUCUGCUAAAGUCAAUUUUUAACAUCGAAUUCUUAUCUAGAUUGGAUUCUCAACUUGAAAUUUUAUCUUCAUCUCUAAGUGCAAGAGUCCAGUUUCAUCUUAUGGAGUUAAAUAGAUCAAUCUGCUUGGAAUGCCCUGAGUUUCAGAUUCCAUGGUUUCAUGAUCGCUUCUGUCAACAAUAUAAUAAAGGUAUUGGCGUCAUGAAUGGAGCACAACAGCAGAUUUAUAAAAUGUUAGCAGAGGUACUAGGAGGAAUCAAUUGUGUAAAAGCCUCGGUUCUUACGCCUUAUUACCACACAGUAGAUUUUGAGUGUAUCUUGGAUAAAAGAAAAAAACCUCUUCCAUAUGGAAGCCAUAAUACAGCAUUGGGACAGCUACCAGAAAUGCCCUGGGAACCAAAUACUGAAAUAGUUGGAUCAAGGCUGCCACCAGGGGCUGAAAGGAUUGCUUUGGAAUUUUUGGAUUCAAAAUCAUUUUGUAGAAAUAUCCCUCACAUGAAAGGAAAAUUUGCUAUGAAAAAACGACAUUUGGAAAUUCUGGGGUAUCGUGUAAUUCAGAUUUCUCAGUUCGAAUGGAACUCUAUGGCACUGUCAACAAAGGAUGCUCGAAUGGACUACCUGAGAGAACGUAUAUUUGGAGAAGUCAAGUCAUGACUGUAGUUUUUAUUUAAAAUGAAUGUUACCAUUUGUCACAUCUGGACUUAUUUUAAUUAAGUGGCCUGUCUCAAU